UAAAACUCUUGUGGUAUGAUGGCAUAUUUCUCUAUUUACUCUUUUACUGACACCAUGUGGCCAUUAUUUAAAACUUCUGUUAUGUUUUGCAAAAUCUCAUUAUGCAGGAAAAUUAGCUGUUUUAAGGGAGAAUUCAAGAUUUAGCCAAUUAACUUUUUAACAGUUACGUUUGUUUACAGGGUGUUGUCUGUAAAACCUCCCUACAUUUAAGACAAUAAAGUUCUUGUGACAUGGAAGUAGACAGAAAGAGAGAAUAUAUUUGUGUACACAACAUUUCGCAGCAUUGAAGAACCGGUGUCUCGGAUCAGUGGAUAUUUAGUAAACACAAGCGCACCAAUAAAGUGAUGGAAACAAGUGCACAAAACCACAGACAUGAAAGAACAUUCAUGGAGCUACUGGGCAACAUUCAAGGUACAGCAAUGACAAGGCACCAAAAGGCAGAGGUAAUGAUUGCCGGAGAACAGCUAAGAUUGCGACUGCAUGAUAGUAAGUUGAUUAAGGACCGCAGAUACCAUUUGCGCACGUACCCCAAUUGUUUUGUGGCUCAGGAGCUAAUUGAUUGGCUGAUUGCUCGUAAGGAAGUGCCAGAUCGAGAAUCUGCUGUCCAGCUCAUGCAGCACCUCGUGGACCAUGAUAUCAUACAUCACGUGUGUGACAAGUGGCCCAUGUUCAAAGAUGCCAAAUACUUGUACAGAUUCAGAGAGGAUGAUGGUACAUUUCCUUUCAACAUAGAGGUUAAAAUCUUCAUGCGUGGACAGAGGCUGUAUGAGCAUCUAAUUAUAGGCAAAGACACCAUCUUACAGCUGAGACAAGAAAAAGGAGUGGCUUAUGAACGCUCUUUCCCUGGUUACAUUUUAAUUGAUUGGCUUCUCCAGAAUGGUGAAAUAGAGAGUCGAAGACAGGGACUAGAGCUCUGCAGGGCUUUACUAGAGCAUGGUAUCAUUCAACAUGUCUCUCUGAAGCAUCACUUCUUUGACAGUGGGCUACUGUAUCAAUUCUGCAUUAACUUCCGCCGGCGUCGCUGGCUUUCUGAACUGUUGCAUGAAACAGAAAUUGAGGAUGUUGAAUGUUUAACACAGCAGAACCAAGAGGACCAUGCAGACAGUCAUUUCACGUUGUCAUCUGAGGGCAACAGUAACUUCUUAUCUGUUCAACCUACUAAAGAUUUAAACGUGACUACAAAUGGACGAUGUGGAAGUUUGAACCACCAGCAGCAUAGUUCAAGCGGAUACCCAAUCACUGCUUCUCUUACCACUGCCCUUGCAAUACAAUGCAAUCCUAAAUCAGUGCUGAAAAGAAAUGUAACCUGUGAGGAGCUGUUAUCUCCUGGUGCUCCCUAUGUAAAAAGAGUGCUUACGAUCCUCGGUGAUGCCCUUGGCUGGGGCUUUGUAGUACGAGGAAAAUCACCUUGUUAUGUUCAAGCUGUGGAUCCUGGAAGUCCUGCUGCUGCAGCAGGAGUUAAGGUGCGGCAAUUUGUGUGUCGAGUGAAUGGAUGCAGUGUGCUUCAUCUGGACUAUCGCUCACUCUCAAAGCUGGUGAUGACUGGACCUCGUGUUGUUACUUUAGAAGUGAUGGAACCACUGGACUGAUUAAUUAUAGAUCACCGAAAAUCACAAAAUCCAAUGGCUGGGUCUAAGGGUUGUGCGUUUCCUUGUGGGGAACCCCCUUGGUCAGAUGAAGAGAGAACCUAUUGCCCAGUUUAAUGGUCAAAGUGCCCUUCCCAAAGAACACAUUCAAGUACCAUCCAGCAAAAUCCUAUAAAUGAGUCACUCUGUAUACAGGGUGAUACUGGUUGAAAAAUUUGUAAUAUUGUUUUAUUUGAAUAGUAUUCCUUCAUAUACCAUGUAAAAUCCUCAAAUAUUAGAUAUCUGAAUACAAUUUAAAUAUAUAUAUACACUGGUGGCCAAACGUUUGGAAUAAUGUACUGAUUUUGCUGUUUUGGAAGGAAAUUGGUACUUUAAUUCACCAAAGUGGCAUUCAGCUGAUCACAAAGUAUAGUCAGGACAUUACUGAUGUAAAAAACAGCACUAUCACUAUUUUAAAAAAAGUCAUUUUUGAUCAAAUCUAGACAGGCCCCAUUUCCAGCAUCCAUCACUCCAACACCUUAUUUUUGAGUAAUCAUGCUACAUUGCUAAUUUGGUACUAGAAAAUCACUUGCCAUUAUAUCAAACACAGCUGAAAGCUAUUUGGUUCAUUAAAUGAAGCUUCACAUUGUCUUUGUUUGUUUUUGAGUUGCCACAGUAUGCAAUAGACUGGCAUGUCUUAAGGUCAAUAUUAGGUCAAAAAUGGCAAAAAAGAAACAGCUUUCUCUAGAAACUCGUCAGUCAAUCAUUGUUUUGAGGAAUGAAGGCUAUACAAUGCUUGAAAUUGCCAAAAAACUGAAGAUUUCAUACAAAGGUGUACACUACAGUCUUCAAAGACAAAGGACAACUGGCUCUAACAAGGACAGAAAGAGAUGUGGAAGGCCAGAUGUACAACUAAACAAGAGGAUAAGUACAUCAGAGUCUCUAGUUUGAGAAAUAGAUGCCUCACAUGUCCUCAGCUGACAGCUUCAUUGAAUUCUACCCGCUCAACACCAGUUUCGUAAAGAGAAGACUCAGGGGUGCAGGCCUUAUGGGAAGAAUUGCAAAGAAAAAGCCACUUUUGAAACAGAAAAACAAAAAGAAAAGGUUAGAGUGGGCAAAGAAACACAGAUAAUUGGAAAAGAGUGUUAUGGAUCUUAACCCCAUUGAGCUUUUGUGGGAUCAGCUAGACUGUAGGGUGUGUGAGAAGUGCCUGACAAGACAGCCACAUCUAUGGCAAGUGCUACAGGAAGCGUGUGGUGAAAUGUCACCUGAGUAUCUGGACAAACUGACAGCUAGAAUGCCAAGGAUCUGCAAAGCUGUCAUUGCUGCACUAGAGGAUUUUUUGAUGAGGACUCUCUGAAGUAGUUUAAGAAGUUCUGAACAUUUUUUUUCAAAUUGUAAUAGUCAUUUUUCACAUUAUUAAUGUCCUGACUAUACAUUGUGAUCGGUUGAACGCAACUUUGGUGAAUAAAAGUAUC